UCGUGUAUACAAAAUUGACCAUGGAACAGAUAUGUCGAACUUGUAUGACCAAGUCAUUAGCUCUGGUGGAUAUAUUCACCGAUCAGCGGGAACCUAGUCUGUCUGCAAUGAUCAGCGAGUGCGUCGCCUCCGUUAAAAUAAAGUUGAAUGAUGGGCUGCCACAGAAAAUUUGUCUUUCGUGCAUUCGUGAUAUACAAACUGCAUUUGCAUUCAAGCGCAGGUGCGAGAAAAGUUACCAGGUGCUCGACGAAAAGCUUAAGAAAAAAAAUAAAAAGCUAGAUGCAAAAAACCUUGAAGUACCCAAGGACGAAACAGGCGACUUGUUGAGCACUGAGGGUAAUUUGCAUGAGGAGCGAGACAAUGAUAACAAUUGCAUAUCCACAAAAAGCUCCACAGUUGCUGCACCUAAUCACAGUCCAUCUAGGCUUCAGCAGAAGAGCAGCGAAGUAAGUAUACAGUCAGAAUUACUGGAAAUUGAGCCAUGGGAACUGUCAGAGCCAGAAAUGGACAUUGGAUGCAUCAAAGUGGAAAAGGAGGAUCAACCAGACGAAUCAAUCCCACAAACAGAUGAGGCAAAUAAUCAAGAGGAGCUCGAUUUCAGUGCUGUUGACGACAUGUCUCCUAGCACAGAUGGCAAAAAGUUUCAAUUUACAUGUCCACAUUGUCCAAAAAGCUUUUCCCAAAAAUGUCAUCUGAAUUCGCACAUUCGUACGCACACAGGCGAGAGACCAUAUCAAUGCCCGCACUGUCCAAAAGCCUUUAGUCAGGCCUCAAAUCUGCGCAAGCACAUUUGCAUUCAUUCAGGCGAACGGCCGUUCAAGUGUCCCCACUGCAUGCGAGGAUUUACGCGCCACACGGAUCUUCAAUAUCACGUCUCCACGCAUCCAGGCAAACAAACCUACAAAUGUCAGAACUGCACAAGAUACUUCAUAGAGGAGUCCGAACUGGAGGAGCAUAUGCGAUAUCAUAAGGGCGAACGUACUUACAAAUGCCAACUAUGUCCCAGAGAAUAUGUACUCGCCUGGCAGCUGCAGCGGCAUAUUCGCGCGCAUACUGGAGAGCAGCCAUUUAAGUGUCCGCAUUGCCCGAAGAAUUGUGUAGACAAAGGAGAGCUAGGCAGACAUAUACGGUCUCACACUGGGGAGCGUCCGCACAAAUGUCCACAGUGUCCAAAUGCUUUUACCCGAGCUAGUUAUCUUAAAACACACAUCAACACUCAUAUUGAAAGUUCGUAAAUUUUAAAUCUUUAACUUAAAGUUUAAUCUGUAAUUAUAUGAAUAUGUGUAAUAAUUAGCAAUUAUAAAAUGUUAUGUGUAAUUUAAAUGUAUAAAUAAACU